AUGGUAGGCUUACCUGCAAGAGGAAAGACAUACAUUGCCUCAAAAGUGUCUAGAUACUUGACUUGGUUAGGCAUCAAAACUCAAGUAUUUCAUGUGGGCAAUUAUCGACGAAAAUUAGCAGGUUUAAAUUUACCACACACCUUUUUCGACCCGCACAACGCAGAAGCGAUGAAAACACGACGUGAAGCAGCAGCGUGGGCCCUGAGAGAUAUGAUAGCAUGGUUUGAAAAAGCAGAAGGCACAGUCGGUAUUUUAGACGCUACAAACUCAACAAAGAAAGCCCGAGCGUGGAUUCAUCAGGAGUUGACAUCAAAAGAUAUUCAAGUGCUGUUUAUCGAAUCCAUAUGUGAAGACGAGCGUGUCAUCUUGUCCAAUAUCAAGGACGUCAAAUUAUCCUCACCUGAUUAUCGUAAACGUGAUCCCGAAGUGGCUACCGAAGAUUUUAUGCAGCGCAUCCGUCAUUACGAAGCCGCGUACGAAACAAUUACAGAACAGGAUUUGACGUAUAUCAAGUUGAUUAAUGUGGGAAGUCAGUUUAUCAUCAAUAUGAUACGUGGAUAUUUGGAAAGUCGUAUUGUGUACUAUUUGAUGAACUUGCACACUCGUCCAAAACGAAUAUGGUUUAGCAGACAUGGCGAAUCGUUAUUCAAUCUGGAGGACAAAAUAGGUGGCGAUUCAGGUUUAUCACCGAGAGGAGAGCAGUACGCAUUAAAACUACCAGAGUUGGUUAAACAGAAUAUUGGCGAUCGACCCUUGACCGUUUGGACAUCGACCAUGAAACGUACCAUCCAAACAGCGAGACACUUGCCCUUUCCCAAAAAGCAAUGGAAAGCACUGGAUGAGUUGGAUACGGGAAUAUGUGAUGGCAUGACUUAUAAUGAAAUUGCUGCCAAGUAUCCAGAUGAUUUUGCAAAAAGAGAUGAGGACAAGUUCAAUUAUCGUUAUCGUGGAGGAGAGAGUUACAGAGAUUUGGUGUUGCGGUUAGAACCUGUCAUUAUGGAUCUAGAAAGACAGGAAAACAUCCUGAUUAUUUCCCAUCAGGCGACCAUCCGGUGUAUGUAUGCCUAUUUCAUGGGUUUAAGUCAUGAUCAGUUACCAUACGCACGAAUCCCAUUACAUACUAUCAUUGAAUUGACACCGAGAGCAUAUGAUUUUGAUGUCGGUGCCGUUGAUACCUUCAGACCGAAAGGACAAGUCUCUCGUCGGUUAACCAACGAUAAGUUUGUUAGUGCAUCAACAUCAUCUACAGUAAACAUACCCACUCUGCAAGAAGGCGCGAGCGGUGAAAUUGCCGAUGCGAAUGCUCCUAUCUUACCGAUUACGCCUGUUAGCGUCGCUCCUUGUUAG